AUGGCCGACGAAGAGGAGAUCAUCUUGUCUGGAUGGCUCAGACGCAAAACUAGCAACCUGGGUUGGCGCAAACGCUGGUUCCUGGUAACGAACUCGAAGAUUGCUUACUAUAAGGACACAUCGCUCAGAGAUGGAAGGAGCUUUUGGCUGUACGACAAUUUCUCAAAAGCCGAUGUGGAGAUCGUUGAUAAGACCUCGUUUAUUGUUCACCUCCCAAGAAAUCAGUCAAGAAUUAAUCUGCAUGUGCGCGCGGUAUGUGACACGCAGGCAGCGGAGUGGGUGACGACAAUACAGAACGUGUUGACCGGGUGUAGAAUCGGUCGCCGGCAUCCUUACGUGUCUCCCAAGACAUUCGUGGUCAACAGUUCAGAAUCGACUCCCUCUGAGGGGAAUCAUCAGACUGAAGCUCUCGCGCUAGACAGAAGCUCCGAUGGAAGAUGCGAAAAUCCCAUGAAUGGAGAUCCUGCGGAUCCUGACUUUCGAGCAUGGCUUCAGCUCGUACACAUGUCAGGCAGUCAGUUCGGGCACCCAGUUGCAAGGCAUCCAACCAAAGAGAGCACCGACCGACAGAGUAGGAGCGAAUCGUUGUGA